AUACAAAGAAGCAGAAAAGGAGUAUAUAAGAAGUUAAGAACAGGGUUUUACAGUUAUUACUAGGAGGAGUCUUUUGUGUGAAGGUCUGUUGAAUUCCUGCUGGCGCUGCUGCGGCUGCUGCUGCUGCUGCUGCUUCUCCGGCCUUGUUUAAUGCAUUCCAGAACCAAAAAUACCCAGAAAGAAAAGAUGAACUGUCCAUUUCUUAGCUGAUUCAAAUCCAAGUUUUUUCCUUUUUUUUUUCGCUUUUCCAUAUUCUGGGUCGCUUCCCAAUGUCAAGGUACCACUAUUAGUCUAGUCUCUUUCUCUCUCUGUGCUCCCUCCUCCAGAAAAUUUCUCAAAUUCAAUCUCUCUCUCUUUCUCUCUCUCUCUCUCUCUCUCUCUCUCUCUCUGACCACGGACCCAUGAUGCAAUUCACUGAAACACCACCACCCCCACCUCAACCUCCAUCCCUCCACCAAUCACCAACACCAUUGUUUUCUAGCCUCUCCAUGAACAAGAACCAAGUGCACCGAACCCGCCCUUGGCCCGGCUUCCCGAUGCCGAAGUCUUUGGGGAGCUUCGGCGACGCGAAUUGCAUGGAACAGUUGUUGGUGCACUGUGCAAACGCCAUCGAGACCAAUGACGCGACCCUCGCCCAGCAGAUCCUAUGGGUCCUCAAUAACAUCGCCCCGGCCGAUGGCGACUCAAAUCAGCGGUUGACGUGUGGCUUCCUCCGGGCCCUCAUCGCUCGGGCUGCCAAGAACGGCACGUGCAAGAUGCUGGCGGCCAUGGCGAAUGCCCAGAACUACGAUAACCUGUGCAAUGAGACGCAUAAGUUCUCCAUCAUUGAGCUUGCGAAUUUCGUCGACCUGACCCCAUGGCAUCGGUUUGGAUUCACCGCGGCAAAUGCCACCAUAAUCGAAGCAGUUGAAGGGUACUCGGUGGUUCACAUAGUCGACUUGAGCACGACGCAUUGCAUGCAGAUUCCUACUCUUAUUGAUGCAAUCGCCAAUCGUCUUGAAGGGCCCCCAUUGGUGAAGCUCACGGUUGCCGGCGCUGUGGAGGAUGCCCCGCCCAUGCUUGACCUUUCGUACGAAGAGUUGGGAUCCAAGUUGGUGAAUUUCGCAAGGUCCCGAAACAUACACAUGGAAUUUCAAGUCAUUUCUUCAAGUUACACCGACGGAUUCUGGUCCUUGAUUGAACAACUCAGGAUGCAGAAACUAAUGUUCUCAGGAGGAAUUGGUGAACCAGAAGCACUUGUUAUAAAUUGUCACAUGAUGCUUCACUUUGUGCCCGACGAGACCGUCCCGUUAAUAUCGGAUUCCGAAGCAAACCCUAAUUACCCCUUUGAGUCUUCGUCGGUAUAUUCUCCCCGGUGGACUCUUCUCAAGGCGCUUCGGUGCUUAGACCCGAACGUUGUUGUCUUAGUGGACGAGGAUGCAGACUUCUCAUCGAAUAAUGUCGCCUCGAGAUUGCGGUCAGCGUUCAAUUAUCUUUGGAUUCCUUAUGACACGGUUGACACGUUCCUCCCGAGGGGAAGCAAGCAGAGGCAGUGGUACGAGUCUUACAUAUUCUGGAAGAUACAGAACGUCAUCGCGCAAGAGGGUCUUCAGAGAAUCGAGAGGCUCGACCCGAAGAGCCGGUGGGUGCAGCGGAUGAGGAACGCAGACUUUCGGGCCAUCCCGUUUGGAGAGGAUGCGGUCUCCGAAGUCAAGGCCAUGCUCGACGAGCAUGCAGCGGGGUGGGGAUUGAAGAAGGAAGAAGAUGAUCUCGUAUUAACAUGGAAGGGACAUAAUGUAGCUUUUGCUACUGCAUGGUUGCCUGCUUGAUUAACCUUUUUCUUUUUGGAUUUAGGCUUUAGUGCUAUUUCGCAGCUUCUUAAGUAGUCAUCGAUUUAUUUAACUCUGUGUUGACUAGCUAGUCCUUUGAACUUCUUCCAGAAUUGGAAGACAGAGAGAUGUGAGGGAUCAUUCAGCUGAUACUUAGUUUGUUCCUGAUCAUAAAUAUAUUGACUCUCUCUCUCUCUC